CUAGUUUUCUUUCCGGUUUCUGCAUAUCUUCCCAUGGCUAGUUUGGGUGAUCAUGAUGAAAUCAUAAAGUCUGUAUCUGAUGCCCCGCCAACGCAUUACAUGGUCAAGAUAGAGUCUUUCUCACUCCUUACAAAGCAUGCUAUAGAGAGAUACGAAACUGAUAGCUUUGAAGCUGGAGGCUACAAAUGGAAGCUGGUUCUGUAUCCAAAUGGAAACAAGAGCAAGAACAUGAAAGAUCAUGUUUCUGUAUACUUGGCUUUGGCAGACUCUAGCUCCUUGGGUCCAGGGUGGGAAGUUUCCGCUGUUUUUCGUCUGUAUUUGCUGGAUCAAAAGAAUGAUAGUUACUUGAUCCUACAAGGGAAAGAGAGACGGUUCCACACUGUCAAACGUGAAUGGGGAUUCGAUAAGUUUAUUCCUACGACUACCUUCCUUAAUGUGUCAAACGGUUACCUUAUGGAAGACACAUGCAUGUUUGGAGCUGAUGUAUUUGUUUCCAAGGAGAGAAGAAGUGGCAGAGGAGAAUGUUUUUCAAUGAUUAAAGAUGCUACUAGCUCAAAGCACGUCUGGAAGAUUGAAAAUUUCUCUAAGUUAAACAAAGAAAGUUAUGACUCAAAUGCUUUCUUCGCUGGAGAUAGAAAAUGGAAGAUACGGCUGUUUCCAUCAGGAACAAAGCACGGUACAGGAACCCAUCUGUCUAUCUAUCUGAUCCUCGCAGAUCCUGAAACUGUCUCAGAUGGUACAAAGAUAUUCACAGAGUUUACAGUAAGAAUAUAUGAUCAGCUUCAAGGGAGGCACAUUGCAGGGAAAGUUACUAAAUGGUUCAGUGGAUCAACCUUGGAGAACGGAUGGGUUAAAUACGUAUCAAAGGUUUAUUUCACUCAGCCAAGUAGUGGUUUGUUGCUUAAAGAUGUUUGUCUCGUUGAAGCUGAUGUCUGCGUUCAUGGAAUCACUAGUGCACUCUGAUCACUCAAUAGCCUAAACAUUUGACAUAUGACAUUUGAUAAUGCAAUAAAAUGGAUAAUAAUAAUAUUGAAUAUUCUUUUAUAAUCAUCUUCUCAAAAGAAACAAGAAAAUACAAAAUAUGACUUUAACUUUCUUACCACAACAAUAUAAUAAUAAUAAAUAUAAAUUCCAAACUGCUUAUAUGUUUUCUUUAAAGUUGAAAAGGAAAAAGAAUAGACCCAUCUUAGAGUUGAAACAGAGACAAAACAUGAGAACUGGUUCAAGUUUUUCAAGCUUGGACCUUGUUAGACUUGAGUGGCUUCACAACCUCCCAGGUGAAGUCAGCAUCAUCCCUUCCGAAAUGACCAUAAGCAGCAGUCUUCAAGAACCUACCAUUACCACCUCUCUUCAAAUCCAAGUUAAUCGAAAUCAUCCCUGGCCUGAAGUCAAAACUCUCCUUCACAAUCUCAAGAAUCUCCUUGUCUGGAAUCUUCCCAGUUCCAUAGCUGUCCACAAACACAGACAACGGCUCAGGGACACCAAUGGCGUACGAGACUUGCACAAUGCAACGCCUCGCAAGCCCACUAGCAACAAUACUCUUAGCCGCUUGCCUAACGAUGUAAGCACCACUCCUAUCAACCUUGGUCGGGUCCUUUCCUGAGAAAGCACCACCUCCAUGUGCACCCCAACCACCGUAAGUGUCGAUGAUGAUCUUACGCCCCGUGAGUCCAGCGUCACCGUGAGGACCUCCGAUGACGAAACGACCAGAAGGGUUGAGGUGGAAGAUGGUCUUCUCGUCGAGAUACUUCUCUGGGAUCACAGGCUUAAUCACAUGCUCCUUGAGAUCAGCUGCGAUCUCAUCGUUAGUCACAGUCUCAUCAUGCUGCGUCGAGAUUAGAACAGUGUGGACACGGACAGGGACCAUAGCUCCGUUCUCGUUUAAGUACUCAACGGUGACUUGCGUCUUACCGUCUGGUCUCAACCACGCGCAUGUCCCGUUCUUGCGAACCUCAGUGAGCUUAGCUCCAAGCUUAGUCGCGAGAACGUGGCUUAGCGGCAUGAGCUCAGGAGUCUCGUCGGUGGCGUAACCGAACAUGUGACCUUGGUCACCAGCUCCGAUCUCUUCAGGCUUCUUCGUGAGGUGGCCGUGGACGCCUUGAGCGAUGUCGGGACUCUGUUGCUCGAUGUUGACGAGGACCUUGCAGUUGUCAGCGUCUAGGCCAACGUCGUCGGAGAUGAAACCGAUUUCACGGCAAGUUUUGCGGACGAUCUUCUCGUAGUCGACGUUGGCUUUGGUGGUGAUCUCGCCGAAGACCAUGACCAUGUUGGUCUUUGUGCAUGUCUCGCAAGCGACUUUGCUUUCGGGGUCUUGCUCGAGACAAGCGUCGAGGAUAGCGUCGGAGAUCUGGUCGCAGAGUUUGUCGGGAUGUCCCUCGUUGACUGACUCGGAGGUGAACAAAAAAGACUCCAUUUUUUAAUCUGAUUCAAGAAAAACAGCGUGUUAAAGAAAAAAACAGAGUAUUGAAGGAUAAAAACAGAGUAUUGAAGAAGAAAAACAGAGUAUUGAAGAAAAAAAACAGAGUAAUAAUAAACAAGAAAGUAAUCAAGAUAUGUAUACCUGAAGGUGAGAUAGUAAUGGAUACUGUUAGAGAAAUGUGGUGGUGGUAGUACGAAGGAGAAAGGAAGAGGGGCGAAGGUUUAUAUAGGCGAGCAUACGAGGUGGUGUAAGAUCGUAAUUUCGUCUAGAUUCAUUCCCACUUUCGUUUCUGUGUACUCUGUUCAGACUUCAGAGAAAGUGAGAUCUAAUCUGACGGUUCAGAUUAGAUCUGUAAAAGGAAAGAGAAUAUCAAACGUUGGAUUUGCUUAACUGGACCACCGCGUGCAAGUACAACUAAGACAGCAUCUAAAGAAGAUCGGUAAUGAUGCAAAUCGUAUUUUUAAUUGUAAGAUAUUUUU